UUUGGCUAAGAUCAAGUGUAGUAUCUGUUCUUAUCAGUUUAAUAUCUGAUACGUGGGUCAUUGGCUCACAUGAUAUUAAAUUAAUUUUUUGAGGGGGAAGGCCCAUCACAGUAGCUUGCUACUGGGGCUUUCACAGCGUCGCCUGUGUGUUGCACUAUUGCACUGGCCUGGCGCACCCCACCAAUGCUUAGUUUAAAAAAAAUAUAUAUAUAUCAGUUGCUUCAGGGAAAAAACUAUUCAAGAUAGAAAUAGAAUUAUAUGGAAUGAUUAAACAGGAAAUAUAAUGCCAAUCAGGUGGGUUUUCACCUGGACUAUCCUCUUGUGAAAUGAAUUAACAAAAAAAAAAAUGUUUGGCAUAGGCAUCCAAUGAAUUGUGAGGAGCGAGGGCUCUAGUCUGUUGGUUUACCAGUUGUUUUCACCAAUCGGUUUGGUUGGUGGACCAGUUAUGUUCAAAUUAAUAAAAAGACAACUAAUGGCAGACGUUUGGUAGGCAGUCAACAAAAAUAUAGGAAAAAGUUGCAAGGUUUCGUGGAAAUAAUCAUAGCGGCCGGCAAAAAUACCAGCAAAAGUAGCCAUGCAGCGCAAGAUACGCUUUUAUGUAAUGUAUUUGGUUACGUCGCUAUAUGAAAAUGUUCGCAUCUGGUAGCGGUGGCCUGCAACAAAGUACUAAAAUAACAACGUCGAUAGAUACUUGGUAAUGGUUUUAUUGAUAGAUUUAGAGCUGCCGAUUGUGCUACUGAGUGCAAAAUGACAAGAAUUGUCAAUAAAUAAAACCAUUGAAAAAUAAAAAAAAGAAUGUAAAUAGCAACUAUAGUUUAACAAUUGACACCAUUAGAGUUAUUGUAAUGACGAGUGAGAAGUUCUUCGUAAUAGGGUUAUUGUUCUUGUCCAACUUGUUGGCUAUAACAGACCUCGUCUCUGCUUCUUUUAAUCGUAGCACUUUUCCUGCUGGAUUUCUUUUUGGAACAGCUGCAGCUUCUUACCAGUAUGAAGGUGCUGCAAGUGAAGAUGGAAAGGGUCCAAGUAUAUGGGAUACCUUUACUCACAAAUAUCCAGGAAGAAUAGUUGGUGGUGCUAAUGCAGAUGUAGCUGUUGAUUUUUACCAUCGGUAUAAGGAAGAUGCGAAGAUCAUGAAGAAUUUGGGUUUAGAUGCUUUCAGAUUCUCUAUCUCCUGGUCUAGAGUUUUACCUCGUGGGAAUAUAAGUGGAGGAGUGAAUAAGAAAGGCAUCCAAUUCUACAACAAUCUCAUCAAUGACCUCCUGUCACAAGGAAUACAGCCUUUUGUGACUAUAUUUCAUUGGGAUCUACCUCAAGCCCUUGAAGAUGAAUAUGGUGGCUUUUUGAGUCCUCAAAUUGUGGAUGAUUUUAAGGACUACGCAGAGCUUUGCUUCAAAGAAUUUGGUGACAGAGUGAAGCAUUGGAUAACAUUAAAUGAACCAUGGAGUUAUAGCAAUACUGGGUAUAACAUGGGCAUUUUUGCACCAGGCAGGUGUUCUAAAUUUAUGAACCCUCAAUGCUUGGCUGGUGAUUCUUCAACUGAGCCUUAUUUGGUUGGCCACCAUUUGUUACUUUCUCAUGCUGCUUCUGUAAAACUAUACAAGGAAAAAUACCAAGGAUCUCAAAAAGGACAGAUUGGGAUAACACUAAUUUCUCACUGGAUGGAACCAUACUCUAAUAGUAAGUCUGACCAGGAUGCUUCUAAAAGAGCUCUGGAUUUCACGUAUGGAUGGUAUAUGGACCCACUAACCUAUGGUGAGUACCCACAAAGCAUGGUUACCCUUGUUGGAAAUAGACUGCCCAGAUUCACCAAAGACCAAUCUAAAAUGGUGAAAGGAUCUUAUGAUUUUCUUGGAGUAAAUUACUAUAGUGCCUUUUAUGCAUCUUCUGUUCCUGCUACUCCUAAUCCUGUUAAUAUUAGCUAUUCCACUGAUUCCCUCACUAAUUUAACAGUUGAGCGAAAUGGAAUUCUUAUUGGUCCAACGGAUGGUUCGAUGUGGAUUCACUCAUAUCCAAAAGGUUUACAAAAUGUUCUUAAAUAUACUAAGGAAAAGUAUAAUAAUCCAACAAUUUAUAUUACCGAGAAUGGUAUUGACCAAUUGGAUAAUGGCACCUUAACACUUAAGGAGCUUCUAAAUGAUUCAAAUAGGAUAAAUUAUUACAACCAACAUCUUUUUUUCAUUCAGAAAACCAUUGAGGAGGGUGUUAAUGUUAAGGGCUAUUUUGCUUGGUCGCUACUCGAUAAUUUUGAAUGGGCUGCUGGUUACAGUAUGAGGUAUGGAAUCCAUUUGGUAGAUUACAAAGAUGGAUUGAAAAGAUAUCCCAAGAAAUCUGCUAUUUGGUUCAAGAAAUUCCUUCAAAAAUAGAGGAAUUCUAUAGCGAUCCAUUAAUUAUCUUGUUGCCAUGUUUCAUUAUUUGAUAAUCCCAUUUUGGAUUAGUGAUUAAAAGCUUAUUAUAACAAUAAUAAUCAAAUAAAAUCAGGUGCUAUAAAUUUUGCAUCGUAAA